GGAAAUAAGAGUUGGAAGUCCAGUGGUUUUCAGAUCAUGCGACACAAAUCUCAAACAUUAUAAAGGAUACAACGAUGGCGCAUUUAGUGGGCGUGGAAUAGUUGUGUUUUCCAAGAAAACGUACGCGUUUUGGUUUGUAAUUUAUGUUGUUUUUCUGAUGUUUGGUAUAGGCAGUCGACAGCCGACAGUUUCCUUAGGCUAGUUUUAGCUUGUUGGUUAGCUUAGUGGACUGCAACCUUGCCCUUUCCACAGCCACCUUGAGUUUGAAGUUGCCUGAUAUUUCUAACACGGUCUGUCGCUGUAGUCCCGUCUUGGUUUCGUGCGACAAGACGGCGUCACCUUCUGUCAGCGGCAUCAACAUGGACCCAGCGAAGGAGUGAUCGAUGAAAAGCAACAAAUGUCUCUGGGGACACUGAGCGCCUUCCCCCAGAGAGCCGUGCUUUUGUCUACAGCCACAUUUUGGGGAAUAGCGGCAUCCCUGAACCAACAGGAUGUUGGAGGGCCUUGUCGCCUGGGUGCUAAACACAUACUUGGGAAAAUAUGUCAGCAACUUGAACACAGAUCAGCUCUCCAUUGCCCUCCUCAAAGGUGCAGUUGAAUUGGAGAACCUGCCUCUGAGGAAAGAUGCACUCAAAGAGUUUGAUCUGCCUUUUGAAGUCAAAGCAGGCUUCAUUGGAAAGAUUACUCUCCAGAUCCCAUUCUACCGGCCCCACAGCGACCCAUGGGUCAUCUCCAUGUCCCAGCUCAACCUCAUCAUCGGUCCUGCCCAGCUGCAGGAGUACGAUGACGAGAAAGAGAAAGAGGAGCAGAGGGAGCGCAAGAAAUAUCUCCUCAAGACUCUUGAAGACAAAUUCAAAAGUGAGUGUGAACAAAGAGGAGAGUCUUACUGGUACUCAGUCACUGCAUCAGUGGUUACAAGAAUUGUGGAAAACAUUGAGCUCAACAUCCAAGAUGUGCACCUGAGGUUCGAGGAUGACACCUGCACUCCUGAUAAGCCAUUCUCCUUCGGAGUAUGCAUCAACAACAUUUCUGCUCAGAAUCCUUCCAAAGACACGGCCUGGAAUCCUUUUCGACAGAAGCAGCUGGAGAUCGAUGAUUUCCGGGUCUACUGGGAUACAGAAUGUGAAAUGCUGGCAAAACUCCCUGUUAAUCAGAUCCAGGAGGCAAUGACUCAAUGCAUGAAGACGUGGAAGCAUCAGUAUAUCUUUGAACCAGUGUGUGCCUCCGUAUUGCUCAGAAGAAAUGCUUCCAAGGAACCACUGAGGUUCCGACACACCCCACGGAUUGAAGGCCAUGUUCAGCUGGAGACCAUGUCCAUACGCUUAUCUCAGGUCCAGUAUCAACAGAUCAUGGCAUUCCUCAAGGAACUAUACCGCCGGGAAAGGGAGAUGCUUUACCGAAAAUGGAGACCCAACUGCCCCAUCUCUGGAAACUGCAAACAAUGGUGGAUAUUUGCCAUUCAGGCAAACCUAAGUGAGAUCAGGGAACAGAGGCGUAGAGGAAGCUGGACCUUUGCCCUCCAGCGUGCACGAGAUGUUCAGACUUACACCAGCCUGUACUUCAGAAAACUCAAAGGAGUCCCAUUAAGUCCCCAGGAAGAGAGUGAGCUUGAGCGAGUAGAAGAGGAGCAGACUUUGGAGGAACUGCAGAGUCUCAGAGAAAUUGUCCAUGACUGGUUUCGAAAACACGAAGAGAUUGUUGAGAAUGUACGAGAUCCCAGCAGUGAGCAGCAGCCUUGUUCACCCACGACAUCCAUCCCCAAGAGUGGGAGUUCAGGUAUGAUCCAGUACCUGCAGUCUUGGUUUCCUGGCUGGGGUGGCUGGUAUGGAGAUUCUUUGGACCCAGACAAAGGCCCUGAGGUGCUUCUGCCCAGUCCGUCUUCCUGGGAUAUUCUGGCAGAAACAGAUGACUUGUUUGACCCAUUGGAGGACUCCCAGACUCUGAACACAUUUACCAGGCGAGAUUACCUGUUUGCCCGGCUGGAAUUCUUGCUGGAGAAAGGUGGUGUCACUCUAUUUCACCAGGACAGUAGGGAUGCGAUCCUACACGAGAGUGGAGUCAUCCAGCUAGAGGUUUCAGGCGUGAAGGUGGUUGUGGAGUCUUUGCCUCGCUCAGAGUCUUCCCUCCUGUCUGUAAAACUGGGGGGUUUAUUCCUCAGAGACUUGACAACUCAUGGUACCAUCUUCCCUGUACUAGUGUCUCCGAAAUUGGACAAGGUUGUCAUUGCUGUCAACCAGACAUCCGGGCAAUCCAGCAGCAAUUCAGGAUCCAAUGCAGAGUGUUUUUCAUCACCAGUCUUUGAAAUGCUUUAUGAGCGUAACCCUGCGAGGUCUAAGUUUGAAAGACGACUGGAGGUGAACACUAGCCCACUUAACAUUAUCUACAACCCACAAGCGAUCAAAAAAGUAACAGAAUUCUUCUACAAAGGACGAGUUCAUUCCUCUGGUUUUGGCUAUCAGUCAGAACUAGAGCUCAAAGUGGCGGAGGCUGCCAGGAGGCAGUAUGACAAGUUAAAAAGGCAGACAAAGGCCGAAAUACGCCAAACUAUUGAUCAGCUUCUUGUGGGAGAGUUUAUUGAAAACAGUAAGCGUUGGACAAUGAAGCUGGACAUUUGUGCACCACAGGUCAUUUUUCCAGAUGAUUUCCAGUCAGGAGACCCAAUGUUAGUUAUCGUGGAUUUAGGCAGGAUUCUGCUUACGAACUCUCAAGAUGACUCUAAAGACUCCAAAACUGCUCAACCUCAAAGGGAAGACCUAAGCGAUGAAGAGUACCAGACACCCCUUGCUACUCCACCCGAGUCUCCACCUGAACUUCACAUGCCUUUGAAAGAAUGGCUAAAAUGUCCUGAACUUCCCAGCCUUGGCUCACCUGAAAGUACAAAGGCUUAUAGUAGGAAGCUUUAUGAAAGAUACUCCUUGUCCUUUAAGGAUCUACAGAUAAUGGUUGGUCGCUACAAGGACAACUGGAAAAACCUUCAAGAGAGUGAAGUGGGUCCGACUCAUGUGGUGGAGAAAUUUAAUGUGUUGUUGCAACUGGAGCAGAGACUGCGCUACACUUCAGAUCCACAGCUCCCAGGUGCUGUGUUGUCAGGAACCCUGCCUGAUCUCAAGGUCCAUAUCAACCUUGAGAAGAUGACUGCUUUGAGGAGUUGUCUGGCUAGGCUAAGCAGUUCAGCUGUGAAUGGAGACAAACUCCACGAUAAGGGGUCAAAGUCUCCUGACCCACUUACUCUCCGCCAUGAAAAGAUCUUUCAGAGAGAGGACAGUUCUUGGAAAAUCCAAGGUUCAGCUAAGAAUUUGACACAAAGCGUGAUGACAUUAGAGCAGCAUACAAGGGAAGUUCUGGUGGAAUCUCGCCUACUACUGGCUGAAUUCAACAUCAACUAUAUGCAGCUGGGUGUGGAGAGUGAUGGCCGCUACAUAUCGGUUCUUAAGGUAUUUGGCACCAAUGCUCAUUUUGUCAAGCGACCUUAUGAUGCUGAGGUCUCACUUACAGUCCAUGGUCUCCUUCUCGUGGACACUCUCCAAACCUAUGGCUCAGAUUUCGACCUUCUGGUGUCAUCUCAUAAAAAUCUCAGUUUCGACAUCCCCACUGGCAGUCUUCAAGAGAGCCAGCCAUCUUCUCCAAUGUCAUAUGACAGCCGGUCUUCCGAGCAUCAGAGCCACCUCAAUGAGUCCUCUUCAGGCUUGCGCACGGAUAGAAUGUCUGGCCUGAGUUCCUUUCUCAAAGAUCAAGAGGCUCUGAUUAAACUUGAAUACCAAUUUGUUAGCUCAGAUUGUCCUUCCAUGAAUCUGGACAGUUCCCUUCAGGUGAUAAGCAUGCAGGUCAACAACUUGGACAUCAUUCUAAACCCCGAGACCAUGGUGGAGCUCCUGAAGUUCCUUCAGAAGUCCUUUCCCAAGGAGGAAAACCCCUGGACUUCAUCAUUACAGCAGCCUGCAGCACAGCUCUACACUGAGGAAGAAGACGGCACUUUUCAGUCAACAUAUGAUCAGAACAAGGAGCUAACUGUAGAGAUUCACCGACUUAACCUUCUUCUCCUUCGAACUGUAUCCACGGGUACUGUCUUGGGUGCUGAAAAGAAAGGCUUGAAGAUUGCCACUGCUAGCAUCACCGGCACCAAGGUUAAUGUUUCGUUAGGCAGUCGAAUGGACAUCAACGGCUCACUUGGUGCCAUGCAGUUAGUCGACCUUACCCAGGAAGGAGGCCGGAGCCAGUUUGUAGUGAGCAUUGGCAAUGUAGAAGACACCUCCUCAACUUGUGAAGGACUACCAUUACUUGCUGACAAGGAACUUUCUCCUUCAGAAGCUCUAAAUUUCCAACUUCAGGAGAAUUCCCAAGGGGACUGCACAUUACAUCUGCAUAUGGCAUCCUUGCAUUACAACCACUCAGCCAAGUUUUUGAUGGAGCUGAGUCUUUCUGCUAAUGAGGUGGAGGACAAUUUCCGCUCGAUGUUGAAAAGCGCUGCCACAAAAGUGUCAACAGUUCUUGCCACAAAGACAGCCGAGUACAGUGGUAUGUUUUCACUCUUUGAGACACCCUCGCGAAGAAGUCGAACUCAGAGUCAAAGUUGGACUUAUCCAAUGGAGGACGAGGAGGAUAUCUCCAUGGAGGAACCUGAGUCCACCUUGGAUACGUUCUUUGUAAAGUUGACCUUAAAUGUAAACAUUGAAUCACCAGUCGUCUCCAUUCCUCGUAAACCUGGACACCCUGAACUACUGGUUGGGCACUUGGGUAGUAUAACUAUCCAGAAUUUCAUCACCGGCCAACAGUCUGAAGGAGAGAGGCUGCAGGUGCUUGUGAAAGAUAUCCGGUUGUACUCCCUAAACACGAGUCAUUUGGUUCUGAAGAAGAUGCAAAGAGGGGAAAAAACUGGCAACGUGCCACCAUCCCAUAACAGAAGUCAGGAUGAACCUCAGUUCACACGUCACGACUUCUUUGAAUACCUCAACCAAGGAAAAGCCUUCCAUAUAUUAAAAGACACCACUAUGCAGUUUACCCUGGAGAAGUCCCCCAUUGCUGAAGAUAUCCAGUUUACCUUACUCAGUUGCAAAGAGCCAUGCAAGAGCACGGGAUUGCUGAGAGUCGAGGGGAAAUUUGUCAAACCUGUUCAGGUGUUCCUAUGCAAGGCUGUGUAUGAACAGGUCCUCCAGACACUGGAUAAUUUAUUUCUCAUUGAGGAGCAACGAGUUACACCAAGUCAACCACCAACGCCCCCACCUCCGACUCCAUCCUCCACCAGGCCUCACCGCUUUCCUGACCCCCACGGAGGACUGUUUGCAAAGGAUCCUCCCUAUAUAAGCUUGUCACACUCAUUGCUUUCCUCUCCUUUGCCUUUGCAGUCCCAAAAGCCAAGUCCUCACUCUCCUGCUUUCACUCAGUUGAAAGUAACUUUGCAUGUUGCAGAAUUGCAGGUCCAGCUCAGUGCUGACUUGACCCAGGGCUCCCAAGGCUUAAUCAGUCUUCACUUCCGUGACCUGGAGGGAGACAUCACCAAAGAGCAUCCACAUUUAUUAGAAGUCCAGCUAAUUCUGCGUUCACUGCUCAUGGAGGAUCUGCUGGAGCGAAAUCCUGAGCAUAAACAUUUAAUGGUGUCCCAUGGAGCUCCAAAGCCUUCGACAUUCAGUCCAAAGGAGUACCUAUCUCAUAGCUGUCCAUCAGCAUCCAAUGUCCAGUACCCAGACAUGCCCCGCUCUCUGCCUUCUCAUAUGGAAGAAGCUCAGAAUGUCUUCCAGCUCUACCAGAGGCAUCCCGGUACUCCUUCAGCAAGUAAUCGCAAAACAAAGAAGGAUCCAGUCUGUCCCAGCACUCCACCACCCUCCCCAACUCAUCCGUCAUCCUCCCCUCAGCCGACCUCAGAAUUUGAUGAGUCAUUAGUUCACAUCAAUGUGUUGCUGGUAGACCAGAGCCACCCAGAAUUCAAAACCCGUUAUGGCAGUGUGGGGCGAAGCAUCGAUAUUGACUUUAACUGCCUGGACGUUUUAAUCACGUUGCAAACCUGGGUGGUCAUCCUCGAUUUCUUUGGAAUUGGUUCCACGGCUAAUAAUCAUGCAAUGAAGGUGCCCGCCAGCUCCCCUCAAUAUGUGCCAGGACAUCCUCUCUAUGAAUCAGACAUCACUGAGCAAGACACAAACGACUCUGUCAACACCAAACUUGAUGUCAAGGUUCAUUCUUUGUCUGUUGUACUAAACAAGGAAGGCAAUGAGCUCGCCAGAGCCAGUGUAAUCAAAUUAUCUGCACAUCUGGAAAUGUUGGAAAGCAACCUGGUAUUGACAGGCAGUUUGGGAAGUUUGUCCCUCAGUGAUUUGACACCACAUGGUGAUCUUUUCUGUGAACGCUUCACCACACGUGGAGGGGAGGCCCUCAUUUUCAAUAUCCAUAAGUAUGGGCUACCAGAUCCUUACCUUGAACGACAAUAUGACAUUAAAGUUUCUCUUCUGAUGGCCUCAGUACAGUAUGUUCAUACUCAGCGCUUCCAGGCUGAGGUGGUGGCCUUCAUUCAGCACUUCACACAGUUACAAGAUGUCCUUGGCAGGCAAAGGGCUGCAAUGGAGGGCCAAGCCAUAAGGGACCGUCCUCAGCGGGCAUCCAGGAUUCUGCUGGAUAUCGAGGCUGGUGCCCCAGUAAUAAUCAUCCCAGAAAGCUCAAGUUCAACAAGGGUCAUUGUGGCAAACCUUGGCCAGCUGAAGCUAGAGAACUGCUUCUUGCCUGCUGGGGCUCGUGGCACGUUCUCCUGCCAAGACAAGAAGGAGUCUACACACAAUGCAGCAGGGUGGACUUACGAGCAAAAACAGCCUAAAACACCCCCCAGUAGCCUCAACUUGUGGACUAAUGGCAGCCCACAGCCUGAAAGAGUUCAUGACGGGGCAGACCCGAUCACCUCGGAAGACCAUGUGUGUCUUUUGGACUGCAUUGCUCUGGAUCUGCAGCAAAUGGAUAUUUUUGCUGCAGAACGUCUGCCUUGCUCUUUGUGUGAGAAAGGCUGUAAUUCCACUGAAAUCUCAGACAUUAUUUUCCCGUCAUACUGUGUUCGUCGGACUGGAGGAAACCUGCUGAAAGAGUGCUGCCGACUCCAGCUUAAAGUGGAACGCAACCUGGACAGAGAGCUGAGCCAUGCAGUUCCUGAUAUGACUAUCUACGGCAGCCUCUCAUCAGUACAGUGUGCUCUGGAUCCAGAGCACUACCAGCUGAUUCGAGGGCUUCUGGAGAACAAUCUUGGCGAGCCAGUUGAAGAAUUUCUGCGACCUUUCAACCUGCAGGACCCCAGCACCUAUACGGUGUUAAGUGGAGACGUCUACACCAACUUGUCCAUCCUGGUGAAUAUGAUGGAUGUCAGUCUGGAGCUCACGGAAAGCAGUAAAUCCAGUGGACACAAACGCUCACUAGCAAGGUUUAACUUCAUGAAAUCCAAACUGCUCUUUGAGAGUUUCUCCAAUGGAUCCAAGUCUGUCAACUUGGUAUCUCACUCGCUGCUUGCAUAUGACACUCGAUGCACUGGAGAGUACAAGAGCACUGGUGGACCUGACGGUACCAGACGCAAUGUAUUUGACUGCAUUCUCCAGCCUUCAAAAACUGGCACAAACCAGGCGUCUCUGCAACUGGAACUGCAUUACAGAUCCACACGAGAAUCGUCCUGUUUUACGGUGGUCCUGAACAACUUAAGGGUCUUUCUCAUCUUUGACUGGCUCCGGCUUGUGCAGGAAUUCUUGGAAAUGCCAGUGAAAAAGCCAUCAGGUGGUGCCGAGAACAUUCAGUGUCAAAGUAACGCCGGCACUGACUUGGGACCAAGCACUGCUGCCAUCACCACCAUACCAAAGAGGGUCAAGAGUGGUGUGGUCACCAAAAGGUCCACGGUGCCCGUUACUCUCAACCGCUGCCUAGAGGUCAAGGUCAAUGUUACAGGCACAGAGUUUGUCAUUGUAGAGGACUCAAGCUGCCUGGAUACCAACGCCAUCAUUCUCAAAGGCACUACUGUCCUCACCUACAAGCCUCGUCUGUUGGACAGACCUUUCUCUGGAAGCCUUGCUGGCAUAGAGGUGUUCUCGUGCCGUCUUGGCAGUGAGCAGGAGACAGCACUGUCCAUCGUUGAUCCAGUCAAUGUUCAGGUGGAGUUGUGUGGCAGCCCCACUUACCAAAGCAGCUCAGGUCUAUUAGAUGCCUUCAGUGUCGAGGACAUCCCACCACUGCUGGAGAUCCAGUUUCCUGUUUUGGACAUCCGUUUAUCUUAUAAUGACAUACAACUCUUCUUGGCCAUUGCCAAAUCCAUCCCUGCUGUAAAUCCCCCAUCAGCCUCUGACUCUGAUGUUGUCACUUCAGCUCACACGGUGCCAGUGGAUACACCCAAACGCUCCAAGAGAAAAGGUCUUGCCUUUAUAGAGGGCCAGCUAAUUCAUUUGCAGGAUCUUGGGUUCAGCAAAGAAGACUGUAAAAAAGCCCUCAUCCUCUGUAAAGGUCACCUGGAUCAGGCUGCCACAUGGUUGCUUGAAAAUGCUGAGAACAUUGCAGGCCGGUCCAAAGCCAGCGCUGACUCUGGUGCUUCCAGUCAGGCAGCUGCUCUGUCAGGGAUAGAAGUGAAGGCAGAGAGCAUCUGCAUCUGUUUCAUUGAUGACUGUCUGGACUGUGACAUACCACUUGCUGAGCUCACCUUCUCCAGAUUAAAUGUGUUGCAGCGUAUUGGUUCCACCCAGGAGGGCAACGCCAGCUUUACUCUUUCAGGAGACUACUACAACAGAGAACUGGCAGGCUGGGAGCCCUUUAUCGAGCCCUGGCCAUGCUUCCUGUCCUGGCAACAGCAAGCCGCUGGCAGACUCCAUCCUCCACGUCUCAAGAUGAGUAUUAGAGCCAAGCAACGACUUGAUGUCAACAUCACUUCUGUCCUGUUGGAACAGUACAACACAACCAAGACUUCUUGGAUAGCAGACUACUGUAACAAGGAUGAACAGACAGCUCAGUCUUCCCCCACCUUGUCCUGGAUAGGUUCCUCGGUUGACCCACCCAACUUUGGACAGAGUGCUUCCCUCUCUCACCUUAGAACUCGGAGCACAGCCAGCUUGACCAGUUUUGAUCAGCAAACUCCAGACUCCAGAGGAGAUGUUAAGCUUUCCAAGAAGAGGCAGCCAUUUGUACCAUAUGCUUUGCGCAACCAUACAGGAUGCACCAUGUGGUUUGCCACUCUGACUACAACCCCCACAAGGGUGGCACUCUCUCACAGCAGUAGUGCAGACUCCAUUGGAGACCUCCACGGUCCAGGCAAUGAUGAUAGCCACAAUGUCAGUCAGUGGCGAGAGGUAUCUCCUGGGGAGGAGAUUCCAUUUGAGUUUGAAGCACGGGAGAAACUUCGCCACAGGCACACUCAUGAGUUGAAGCUCCAUCAGCUGCUUGUACGAGUGUGUGGAUGGGAGCAAGUGAAGCCAGUAUCUGUGGACAAAGUGGGGAUUUUCUUUCGUUAUGCAGCUCCGGACAGAAACAAUGCAUCUAACAUUGUUGGCAGUCCAAUCAGCAGGACCAACAUAAUUCACCCGCAUGUCUAUUUCUCAGCGCUGCCUCCGGUCAGAGUGGUCUUCUCCAUUACCAUGGAGGGAAGUGCCAGAAAGGUUAUAACAGUGCGAUCUGCCCUCAUUCUGAAGAAUCAGUUGGAUGUGCCCAUGGAGAUAAGACUUGACAGCCCCUCUGCGCCUGACAAACCAGUGGUGUUGCCUCCCAUUUUGCCCAACCAGGCCUUGGCAGUUCCACUCCACUUGACGUCAUGGCGGUUACAAGCCCGGCCCAAGGGCCUGGGCUUGUUUUUCUGUAAAGUUCCCAUCCACUGGACCAGCGUGGAGCGGCCUGGAGAGAUCAGCAGUAGCAAGAGGGAUUGCCAGUCGGCAGACUUUGAUGACAACCUCAAGCGUAACUUCAGGUUUUGUGUGGUCAUAAAAAAAGAAAACUACCCUGAUCAGCGACCUGCCAAAAGGGUUUCAGGUAACACUAAUCAGAUCUAUCGACAGCCAGGCCACACCAUCUUUCUAUUGCCGACUGUGGUGCUGGCCAACCUGCUACCCUGUGACCUCAACUACUAUGUGAAGGGAACUUCCAACAAAGGUUCACUGAAACCAGGAAAAGAAGCUGUGCUUCAUGCUGUGGACACCUCUCAGAACAUGGAGCUAGGUGUCCUGUUGGAGAACUUCCCUGUGUGCAAAGAGCUGCUCAUUCCUCCUGGAACUCAAAAUUACGUAGUACGAAUGAGGCUGUACGACACAAACAAGCGUCUGCUUUGCCUCACCAUUCGCAUCAUUCUGCGAGCACAGGGGGCACUGAAGAUUCUGAUUUCUGCCCCCUACUGGCUUAUCAACAAGACAGGCCUUCCACUGAUUUUCAGACAAGACAAUGGCAAAGUAGAUGCAGCAGGUCAGUUUGAUGAGCAUGAACUAGCCCGAAGCCUCAGUCCAUUGCUCUUCUGCUACACUGACAAGGAACAGCCUGCCAUGUGUACUAUGCGGGUUGGAAAGGGGAUCCAUCCAGAUGGCGUUCCUGGGUGGUGCCAAGGUUUCUCCCUGGAUGGAGGAAGUGGAGUCAGGGCAGUGAAGGUUAUCCAGCAUGGUAACAGGCCUGGCCUCAUCUACAACAUUGGUAUCAGUGUGCGGAAUGGAAAAGGACGCUACCGAGACACUCACAUUGUGACCUUUGCCCCCCGCUACUUGCUGGAUAACAGCUCCUCACACAAACUUGCCUUUGCUCAGCGAGAGUUUGCUCGGGGAAAGGGUACAGCCAACCCAGAGGGUUACAUCUCCACCUUGCCAGGAUCCAGCGUGGUCUUUCACUGGCCCCGAAAUGACUAUGACCAGUUGUUGUGCGUGCGCCUCAUGGACUCCCCGACAUGCACCUGGUCAGGAGGGUUUGAGGUCAACAAACCCAAGUCUUUCCAUGUGAACAUGAGGGACACCAUGGGGAAUUGCUUCUUCCUUCGUACGGAGAUCACCAUUAAGGGAGCCACCUACCAAAUCUCCUUCACUGACACUGACCAACUGCCCCCACCAUUCCGUAUCCACAACAUCUCUGAGGUUCCUAUCCAAUUCUGGCAGCAUGGUGUGGUUGACAUCAAGCUGCACACCGAGGUGAAGGCAGACUCAGAACUGGACUAUGCCUGUGACGAACCAACUCUGCCGCCAUACCUGACUCUCACUGUGAAAGGAGCCGGGUCUUCAGAGGUCACAGCUGACAUGAACUUCUUCCGGGAAUACAACAAGUUGUACUACGAGAAUUUCAUCUACAUUGCGGCCACCCACACAUUCUCACAGAGUGGUGGCAGGAGACCUGUUGGCAAGAAGCAUCUGGUAACAUGCGCUGAAUUGGUUCUUGAUGUGGACACAAAGACACAGAGGGUCAUCUUGAAAAAGAAGGAGCCUGGGAAGCGCUCCCAGCUAUGGAGAAUGACAGGCACUGGUAUGCUGUGUCAUGAAGGCUCCUCUCCACCGCAGAGCAAGCCUGCUCAACCUCGCCCAAUGGACUCUUCUUUGGUUCUGGACAUUGCAGGGCUUGCAGCUGUCAGUGAUAACAGUUUUGAGCCAUUGAUGCUAAGGAGACCAGACCCUCGUCGCAGCACCACCCAGACAUGGCACUUCAGCUCAUGCAUGCUGACCUGUGGCCUUCCCCGACUAGUAGUACAGGUAAGGGGUGGUAUUGAAGGCCUGUACGAUGGAGCAGAGGUGGUGUUGGGACCAGACUCUGGGCUUAUGGAACCUGGCCCUGAACAGCAGUUCAUCAACCAGAAGAUGAGGCCUGGUUCUGGGGUGUUGUCUGUUCAGGUGCUGCCAGAUGGACCCACACGUGUUCUGCAGAUCAGUGACUUCAACCAAAGAAGACUCACCCACAAGUCACCAAGCGCAGAGCCAGACAAGAGCAAAGAGGAAGUGAAAAAAAAAGAAGCUGAACAGGAGCUUGAGGUGUUGGUGAACUUGGAGGAAGGAAUCGGUGUGUCGCUACUCAACAAGGUUCCUGAGGAGCUUGUGUUUGUCACACUGUCCGGUAUUGAUGUCCACUUCACACGCACUGCUGCCAAUGAGGUGUUGGAAAUGAGUAUUAACAACAUCCAGGUGGACAACCAGCUCCUAGGUACCACCCAGCCUGUGAUGCUGUGUGUGACUCCAAUUUCCAGUGAUGGCACUGUGCUUGACAGUGGGCCGGCCUUGCAAGUCAACUCUGUCAAAGUUCCCAGCAGCCUUAUGCUCACUGAUAUCUUCAAGCACCUCAUGGUAACAGCGGGACGCUUCAGUGUUGUCAUCGAAGAGAAAUUAUUGCUCAAGCUGCUCAGCUUCUUUGGUUAUGGACAGACAGAAGCGGAGCUGGAGAAACUGGAUGAAAACCUCCAUGAGAGGCCCAAUAACGAUGCAGGACCCCCCAAACGCUAUUACUUUGAGAACCUGAAGAUCAGCCUCCCUCAGGUCAAGCUGAGCGUUCUCACCUCGCACAAGCUGCCUGCUGAUCUCAAGGCUUUGAAAGGUACCUUGGGAUUUCCACUGGUUCGCUUUGAGGAUGCUGUUGUCAACAUGUACCCAUUCACCAGAGUGCACCCCUACGAGACCCAGGAGAUCAUCAUCAAUGACAUCCUCAAGCAUUUCAGAGAGGAGCUGAUCAGCCAGGCAGCUCAGAUCUUGGGCUCUGUGGACUUUCUUGGAAAUCCAAUAGGACUCCUCAACGACGUCUCGGAGGGUGUGUCUGAGCUCAUCAAGUACGGAAACGUGGGUGGCCUCAUACGGAAUGUGACACACGGUGUGUCUAACUCUGCUGCCAAGUUUGCAGGAACUUUGUCUGAUGGGCUUGGAAAGACCAUGGACAACCGGCACCAGACUGAGCGAGAGUACAUAAGAUACCAUGGCGCCACCAGUGGAGAGCACCUGGUCGCAGGCAUCCACGGACUAGCUCAUGGUAUCAUAGGAGGCAUGACGAGCAUCAUAACCUCAACUGUUGAGGGGGUGAAAACGGAGGGUGGCGUCAGUGGCUUUUUCUCUGGCCUGGGUAAAGGUCUGGUCGGCACAGUGACCAAACCGGUGGCCGGAGCACUGGACUUUGCUUCAGAGACGGCACAGACGGUUCGAGACAUGGCAAGUCUCAGUAACCACAGGCUAAGUGUACAGCGUGUCAGAAAACCCCGCUGUUGCAAGGGACCUCAGGGUCUCCUGCCUCGCUACUCGGCCCUGCAGGCUGAUGGUCAGGAGCAGCUCUUCCGCCUCACUGACAACAUCCAGUCUGAGUUCUUCAUCGCAGUCGAGCCCAUCGACAGCUACAGUGUGCUCAUCUCCUCCAAAGUGGUCUACUUCCUGAAGCCUGGAGAUCACGUGGACCGUGAGGCCAUUUUCCUGGAGAUCAAGUAUGACGACCUCUAUCACAGUCUGGUGUCCAAGGAUCACGGGAAAGUGUAUGUGCAGCUCACCAAGAAGGCUGAAAGCACUAGUAGCGGUGUCGCCAUCCCUGGACCCUCUCACCAGAAGCCCAUGGUCCAUGUGAAGAGUGAAUCUCUGGCUAUCAAAAUCUCCCAAGAGAUCAACUAUGCCAAGAGCCUGUACUACGAGCAACAGCUCAUGCUGCCUGCCACUGACAAUGAGGACUGCUUAUUGCUCGAGUCCUGAUCACACACAUAUCACAGUUUCCGAAGAUGUUUCAAUUUGUGUGUUUGUUUGUUUUUUUCUUUUUACAAUCUUUGAUUAACUACAGACAAAAGGGAAUAUUCAGACAGCAGUCACAUGCCCUAAUUUCAGACUAAGCACAUGUGUAAAACAGAGUUUUAAUUUCAGAUGUGUGUAUUUCCUACACUAGUUCACUGUGUUUGUAGCACCAGAUGUACAUAUCCUGCAAGUCUUCCAUACUGUUUGUGAAUGGGUAAAAAUGUAAAUAUCACAGUAUGGAUGAUGUGAAUAUAAUAAGCUUCAGAGUGUUUGUGUGUGUUUUUUAGUAUUAUUUUGAGUGGGGUUGAAAUAUAAAGAAUUGCACUGACACACUUGAGGAUGGGAUAUACCCCACCCCCAUCCACUUUGGAGCUGCCUUCCCCUGUCUGUCUGCCAUAUGUACAACUACAAUUACAAACCCAAUUCUGACUUUUCACUGUUAUAUCUGUUCUUUGCUUCUAACUUGUGAGCAAGCCAUUGAAAAGUCACUGAAGUGUCAGAACUUUUGGGUUUGUUUUGGUGUUGGAUGAGAUUCUCCUGCUUGAGUGGCCUAUCAUGACAUUUGGAGGUUUUGUAAAAUGCUGUCAUAUGGACUUGCAAAUAAAGG